GCAGAGGGCAUGGGUCAUGCUGCCUACGCUCUUCUAGCCACUCUCAGGGUGACGAAUGCUGUCCGACUGAAGCGGUGGAACCACAUGCUGGGCUGGAAUCCAGCGGUAUCAGAAAGGCUGGGCCAGCCUGCUCCUUCCGUGUCAUCUUGAGGUCCUGUGGAACCUUCUACAAGAUUGUGAGGGGAGCAGAUUUCAUUCUCAAAACCUCACACAUCCCAGAAUUGCAGACUGUCAAUAAUAGACCAGCAUAGAGGGCAAGAAACUCCUCACAUCUGGGGAUCUGGAUGGAUAGCAAUUUAUACAGAAAAUCAAUCUAUUCCGGCUUCAUGCAAGAGAUCAGGAAUGUCAACAAUUUGGAGAGAAGGAUCUAUUUUUCAAAAACACAAACAAGAGGGAAAGAAAAUUUCCUGACAAGGUGUCCUAUAAUCUUUCCAGGAAUGGACCAUUUCCUCCCUUUAGAGUGAAAUGGCCCAAGGCAAAGAGCAUCUAACUCAGCCUGCAGGUGUGACCUCCAUUGUGAUUCAAGAGGCCCCAUCCAGGAAAGAGGCCUCCAAUUGCAGGCCCAUUUGCACUCAGGCCUAAUGGGGAGACAGAUAGGAACCUCUGAGUCAUCCCUUUGUUGCAUGAAGCAUCAAAGACCCCCAGGGUUGGUGCCAAAAACACCCUCCUGGCUCAUCUCCCAUUGGACAAAGAUUAAGGCAUUGCCUAUCAGGUGGGCUAUAAGAGCCUGGCCCCGACCCAGCUUCCUUCAUUCAGGGAUCCUGCUCUAGAAGAAGACCUGGUCCUGCUGUGAUCUCAGCUGAAGCUCUACUUCUUCUGUUCUCCAUCCUUGCAAGUAGUCACUGGAUCCCAACCGAAGAGGCUGCACAACAUUGCAAGGGGGAAGACACUUUGCUAUAGCCGCUUUCAGGUCAUCUGUUGUCUCAGAGAGAAGCAGGAAACCAACUGAAGACAGACUCUCCUUCCCUUGUUUUUCUCGAUGGGGAAGACAGAUUUCCUGAGCCCCAAGGCGAUUGGCAACCGCAGCAGAUCGAAGGGGCUGCAGAAGCUGCGCUGGUAUUGCCAGAUGUGCCGGAAGCAGUGCAGGGAUGAGAACGGCUUCAGAUGUCACAGCAUGUCCGAAUCUCACCAGAGACAGCUGCUGCUGGCGUCAGAAAAUCCUCAGCAGUUCCUGGAUUCCUUUUCGGAGCAAUUCCAGAACAAUUUCCUGGAACUCCUCCGGAGACGAUUUGGAACCAAGAGAGUCCACAAUAAUGCUGUGUACAACGAAUACAUCAGCUCUCGGGAGCACAUCCACCUGAACGCCACCCAGUGGGAGACGCUGAGCGAUUUCACCAAGUGGCUCGGGAGAGAAGGCUACUGCAAGGUGGACGAAACCCCCAAAGGCUGCUACCUCCAGUACAUCGACCGGAACCCGGAGACGGUCCACCAGCAGCAGGAAGACGAGAAGAAGAGAAAGCAGGCCUCGGACGAUGAAGAGAAGAGGGCCAGGUUCCUUGAGGAGCAAAUCAGGAGAGGCUUGCAGGGGAAGGAGCAGGAAGUCCCGGUCUACACAGAACUAAGGCGAGGAAACAACAAAGAGAAAGUGGUCUUUAAUCUGAACCAAAGAGCGAGAACUUCCACAGAGCCACCACCCAAGCCCUGUAUGUUGAGACGCAGCGGGCUGUGGACGGCAGGACCAGCACAGACGGUGAAGUGGAAAGAAAUCCCUCUGAACUCCGGGCAGUCGAAAGAAAAGAAGAGAAAGACAGCACUGGAGGAGAUCACGGAGCUGGGAGAAGAGAAGAAAAAGUCCGCCCCGACCGACUACUGGCUGCAGCCUGGAAUUGUGGAUUGAAUGGUAUUUGUUCCAGGUCACUUAAACUGGGGGGGGGGGGGGGGGGGGGGUAUCCUUACUGUACUCAGUACUUAAAAUUCUGGUUCCUACUACUGCUAACAUUAAAGUUGUUCCAUUGUAUAGUUAUAAUCUGAAUUCUACAUACCCUUGAUUGUCGCAUUUUCUAGUUUUAUUUCUGCAUUCUGUUUUUGGCUUCUUUCGCAACAUUUCAAUAAACAAUUACCUUGGAAAAAA